AUGCAAAUCCCACAACCACUUUCGUCUCUCUUCGCCCAUUUCCCACUUUAUACCUGGCCACCUAUAUACCCUUCAUCCGUAAAAGCGCAAUUAACGUCACCUACAAUAUGGAUUAAUCCCUCUUCCGACCCUGACUCGCCUCUUCUCUCUGGAGACGUGGAGUGUCUCAAAUGGCAGGCCUACCUGGCUCUUCGCGGUCUCAACAACGUUCAAGUCCGUACGGAUAUCCACCCAGAAGGCGCAAUAGAUGGAAGGCUCCCUAACAUACACGUUGCACUACCCGAAAAAUCGGAAAUCCGUAUUUUGGGUGUCGUAGCUGUGGAUAGUUCGACUCACCUGCUAUCAGCCCACCAUAUUCCAGGCUGGGUCGAUGCGCAACUCAACCAUAACCCAUUGGAUGUUCCUUUAGAAGGAUAUAAAGACGAAGCUGCUCGAGAUGAGAGUCGUGCUUGGGUUUCAUUGUUGGAAGGAUCUAUUCAUGCCGCAUUGAUCAUGUCAACGCAACCGACCCUUCUAUCAUCUCUCACUUCAUUUCUGUCCUCUCCUACUCUCUCUCUUGCUUCUUCCCCCGCUGCACCUGCAAUCACAUCCCAGUUGCGGUCCCUCUUAGUUCCUCCCCCUCCCCCUCAAACGGGCUUGACGUCUAUCCCAUUCUCACUCUUUCCGCCUUGGGGGGUCCGCGUGCAUAAAGAGUCUGUCAUGGCCAAGUAUAGCGAAGCCGUAUCUGCGCUUUCGGAGAGGCUUGGAACGGACAAGUGGUUUUUAGGUUCUGACUCACCGACACCUUUAGAUGCUCUAGCAUUCGCAUAUCUUCACUGUAUCCUCUUGACCUCAGAUCCGUCGAUUCGGACAGAGUUGACAAAACGCGUCAAUCUUGUGGCUUGGGAAUGGAAGGUUAGAGGAAUGGUAAGAGCGGCAUUUGUCAGAGAGCUAUAG